AAAGAUUUGUCAAUUCAUUAAUCUAAACACAUACACACGAUUCUCGCCCCCCUCCAAAGAAAGAGCACGUGUUUCUGUAAUAAAUCAUCCCCCAUGGGUGCCAUAAAUAGACCAGAUUGCUUUGUCGUAUAGAAGUCACUGCAUAAUGGGCGCAGUGAAGGUUUUAACUCCUUCUGUCAGCACGCAAACGGGAACCAGCGACAAACAAAGGGCGCAAACAAACGCACGAGCGGCGGCUGUCCUCCGGUGAUGUGGAUCCUUGAACAGCAGAGCGUGACCUUGGGUUUUGGCUGAGUAAGGAGCGCGGGAGGAGAAUGCGGCGCGCCCCCGGCUGCCGUGACUGAAAAAAGGCGCAUCCUCCUCCUUUUUCAUCUCAGUCACGUCACUUUUGCUCAGAUUGUGGAUGAGGCGUUACGGGCUUCGUGUUUAUCCAAUCCAUCCAGUUUUCCCCCCCAUCUGUGUCUGAUCUAACAUUGAGGGAUUUGUUAUCGCCUCGAAGCAUGUCGGCGCGCUGAUUUGCACCAUCUUUCAUCGAGCGGCUGCAACGCGCGCAUCAAGGACCGUUUUUUUUUUUUUUUAUAUAUUUUUUAUCCUGCCCCAAAAAUACAUCUCUGCGCGGAAAAACAGGCGACGCUUUCUAAAAAUUGAUCCCAGCUGGAGCUAAAUUGCGAUGCGCACCAUCCAACCACAAAUACCGUUUACGCGCUGAGAGAGCCACAAAGUAACCCAGGAAGAAGCAGAAUGCCCAGCUCAGCGGCUCUGAGGCACCUGAGAUCCUGGUCCUGAAUGCAGCGCAGAGAGACACCUCAGAGGGUGUCGCCGUCAGAUGCCCUGGAUGCGCAGAAGAAUGGGAUACUCAGACCCGUCGUCGGGUAAAGACAUACUUGGCAGCAGAUCUUUAUGUUUCAUGUUUAUUUGCGCAUUUGGACUUGUCACCCUUUUGCAGCAGAUCCUCUAUGGAAAGAACUACAUCAAGAGUUCGCAACAGUUUAGCCGACUCAAAGGGGACGAGGCAGGAAAUUGGACCGGCCCCGUUAGUUUCUCCGAUGGCGGAUCUCUGAGGCCUGCCAGAUAUGGAAGGAAAAGAUGUUUCCGUCAGACAUUUCAGCCACAUUCACAGGUCUCCGUAAUAGUCAAACCCUGCCUAGCUGAGAUUAAGAAGAAAAAAAAACGCUCUCAAAGGUACCUGGAAACCUAUGAUCGAUCACUUGAAUUCAACUCAACUACAUGCAGGGAACUCAGACAAGAGAUUAUGGAUGUUAAAGUGCUGACAAUGGUGAAGACUUCAGAUCUGUUUGAAAGAUGGCGAAACCUGCAGGUAUGCAAGUGGGAGCAGAGCAAGGAGGAGACCAGCAACUUUAAGAUGUCUCUGUCCCGCUGCUGUAACGCUCCGUCCUUUCUGUUCACCACCAAGAGAAACACUCCUGCAGGGAGCAAGUUGAGAUACGAGGUGGACACCAGUGGUAUUCUUCCUAUCACCAAUGAGGUCUUUAAGAUGUUUCCACAUGACAUGCCAUAUUCAAAGUCACAGUUCAAGAAAUGUGCAGUCAUUGGAAACGGCGGCAUUAUCAAAAACAGCAAAUGUGGAAAGGAAAUUGACUCAGCCGAUUUUGUUUUCAGAUGCAAUAUACCCCCCAUAAAAGAGAAAUACUCAACCGAUGUCGGCAGUAAAACAGAUCUGGUGACGAUAAAUCCAAGCAUUAUUACUGAGAGAUUUCAGAAGCUGGAGAAGUGGCGCCGGCCGUUUUAUGACGUCCUGCAGAAUUACGAGAACUCCUCCGUGGUGCUGCCUGCCUUCUACAACACUCGUAACACUGACGUGUCUUUCCGAGUCAAGUACAUGUUGGAUGACUUUGACUCCCAGAGAAGCGUGUUCUUCUUUCACCCACAAUACCUGCUCAACGUGCAGCGGUUCUGGGCGGUGCAAGGCGUCCGGGCAAAGCGGCUCAGCAGUGGUCUGAUGCUGGUGACGGCUGCUCUGGAGAUCUGCGAGGAGGUCCACCUCUACGGUUUCUGGGCAUUUCCCAUGAAUCCCUCUGGUGUCUAUAUCACUCACCACUACUAUGACAACGUCAAGCCACGUCCCGGGUUUCAUGCUAUGCCCCAUGAAAUCUUUAACUUCAUUCACAUGCACACACGUGGAAUUAUCAACGUGCACACAGAUCAGUGCAUGUGAUCCCUCAUUUAUUUUUUAUCAAACAUGUUUUAUCUUACUGCAGUAAAGGAUUUUAGAGUUAUCUUUUGGGGUGCACCCUGAGAUAUUUCUCUUGUCUUUAUCACUGUCAUAAGCCUACGGUUAUCGCUGACUCUCCAGCCAUUGGAUGCUAUAGUUUCAUUGUGGAAAGUGUUCUUCAUAGUGACGUUCCUGUGAGGUUAUCCAGUGGCUCUGCUGUACAGAAGUGUUGUUUUUCUACUUGGACGUUUAUGCACAACCGCACAACCCUCCUCCCUUAUUCUUGGACACUCUGUCGGUGUGGCAGCUUUCCGUGUUUUGUGUGAAACAAAGCCUGAACCUUGAAACUCAGCUAAUAUACACAAUGUACAGUUGCAACAACUACUUGUCUACUUUCGUAAACUCUUUCCUAAUUCACCAAGAUGACAGGGUGACCACUUUAAAACACCUCAGAAAUGGCUUAUUUUCAAACCUUUUCUCAUCCGGUUUGUGUAAAAACAACAAAAAAGAAGAAACUGUAUGAUUAAAUAGUUGUUCCUGCCUUGGUUUGUCAUUGUUUUUGAUGGAAGCCAAGUAAGAAAUCCAACCAAAAGUGGACGUUUAAGGCCAUCCAAUAAGUGAAGCAACACAGGGACCCAGCUUCUUGUCCAUUUUUUGUCUUAAGCCAUUUUGCCUUAUGAGGUAUUAAACCCCUCUCUACGAUGUGCUACGAAACAAUUUUGCUUCUCUUCAAACAGGAUCAAACUAGUUGGUCAAGAUGGUCCAUGAAUUAGAAUUUUGUGAAGAUUUGGAAGCGCCCUUCUCUGCUCAUAUUAGAGUUGUCCCCUGUGAGCUCCAUUUGUAAUGCUCUGCAUGACUUUGCUUACUACUUGGCUUGUCUGUGCCUGCUUCAGAUAUCACUGAAAUAUGUUUACAUUUAAGCUUGUAGCGACGCAUUUACAGAAGUUAAGGAAUAAGAAACUGGUUUGUUGUCCCAGUUGACUGACCUUCCAGGAUUGCUGCAUCACUCACAACUACUGCAAGUCUUUUGUAAAUCCUGUCACCUUUACUUUGAACUGUAAACUUUCCGUUUGCACUAAAUGUAUAAGUUAUUUGAAAAGAUUUCCGAUUUCUACUCUUUUUGUAUGCUGUAAAUGAUUUAAAGAACUUGUGAAAUUCCCCCUUUUUUGCCAGUCCUCUGCACAAUUUUCUUCACAAUCCUCUUUGUAGAUGAGUGCUGCUUUGCUAAAUAGGAAUACUUUAUGUUACACACUGUGUGCAGAUACAUGACACACAUUAGCACCAACACAUCAUGACUUCACAACGACAUGGCUCUGGCGUUAAAACCCAAACAAAACUGGAAAAGAAGAGCGUCAGUCUGCAAACUGGAAGGUUCUUUACUGACCCUUGAACUUUCUUUUUAUUGAUGCUGUGUUUGUUAAUAAACUUCUUUUGGAUUUUCUCAUUUAA